GACCGUGCGAGACAGAUCGCUUCUAUGGAGCCCGGAGAAUUGCGGUCAUGAGCCAGCGGGCGACUUCGCAGGCUUUCGAGCUAUUGAACACCAGCGCAGCAGUCUUCGAUGAUGAAGAAGGAGAGCCGAGCUCUUUUCUCGCACCCCGGCCUGCGCCCGACGUGCCUCCGACGCGGCUGUUCUUGGCCUUGCUGCUGGCCUUGAACCUCUACUUCGACUCCAGCGUGGCGCUGUGGCAGAACGUGUACAAAGAUGCACGGAUCAGGCAGGAUGGUCCAGACUGCACAGCAGUCCACGAUUGGAUUUUAUCGAACAAAGACAGCUUCGGCGCCAAGCUCUGGGCGGCCCCCGGCUGCCCUGAGGGACUGCUGCAGUCCGAUCAGCCCGAUCCGCAGGCUCUCUUUGCGCGGCGCCUGGCCGAGGAAGAGUCAGUGGAGAAAGAAGAUCAACAGUGCUCAUGGAAGGCUGUGGUGCACGUGCCCACGGGGCGCCUGAAGUGCAAGCCGCAGAGCUUUACCAAAGGCUGCGCGCUCUUCUUCCAGGCCAUGGGCGGCCUCAUCAUGUACUAUUGCUACAAUUACUGGGUUGGCGGUUUCGCGCUCAUCAAAGAGUGCAUCAACCCAAUGCGGGUGCUGAAGUUUAGCGCGGUAGGCGGCAUGUUCGGCUGCGGCGCGGUCUUCAGCUUCCUGGCGCAGGAUGCGCUGUCCCCAGGCAGCUAUGCGCUCUACGCACAGUCUGGGGUGGUUAUCGUGCCCAUCAUUUGGCGCUUCACGUUCCAGAAGCCAAUUCCUGUGCUGACCUGGAUUCAUAUUGGCAUCAUAGCUCUUGGCAUUUUCGCGUACCGCGUCUCCGAGAUUGACUUGGACCACAUGUUCGAUGGCAUCGGGCUGAUGUGGGUCAUGCUGAAGGUGCUGAUGGCCGGGCUGGGCUCCGUGGUGGCGGAGCUGCUGCUGAAGCAGGACACCGCGCUGCCCUUCACCGUGCAAGUGGCUUGCAUCCUGCCAUCAAAAGCGCUGGCUUGCUUGCUGACAAUUUGGCUAGUUCCAGGUCCCAACUUUGAAUGGCCCAGCGAGUUGCCGGACAGGCCUGGCGGCUUCUUCCACGACUGGACCAUUUGGACGUAUGUGAUUGUGCUGCACAGCCUGGGCGACACCAUCCUCAGCGCCGCGGUGGCCAAGUACUUUGACUCCGUGGUGAAAGCCAUUUGCGGCGUGGUGGGCAUCAUCUUCCCGACUUGGGCAGUGAGCUACAUAGUUGGCUGGGAGGAUUUGAACCCGGCCAGUGCUGCAGGUCAGUUGAAGAUGCUGGGUGGCAUUGUGGUGAUCGUGGGUUCCUUUGCCUACGUCCUGGGCCGUUCGCAGGCAGAGAAGCUUUCCAAGGCUGUGCUGGAGGUGGAGAAGCUGGAAGGCCAGCGUUCGCGCGUGGUGGAGAUGACCUGAUGGCAUGCGUUGCAGCGUGGAAAAGUGCGUGGGCGUCGCGCAGAGUGUGGAAUCAGGUUUCUGAGCCAUGCGGUUUGAAUCGAUAAGUGGCCUAGACGCCCGAGUCACGUG